AUGUCCUUCAGUAGUUCAUUCAGCAUGAUGGCUGCGGAUGCUGCGGAUGCUCUCGGCUGCAUCCUGCAUCCGCACCGGCUCUCUCUCCUCUUCCUCACCGUCACCCUCUCCUCUCUGCCGGCCCCCACAGCAGCGCUGCUCGGUGUCCGGCCGGAGGACACCCAGAGCGGGGAGCUGUCCGUCCAGGAUGGGAUACUGAGGGCGAUCGAGGGGACCCGCUUCAUACUGAGGGUCUACUACUCCGCAGCCCCUGCUACGGAGCAUCCCAACAGCCUGAACAUCAGCGGCAGACCUGACGCUGCUCCUGCCGCUCCGUGGAUCGCGUUUAUAGAGGAAGCAGGGGGGGACAGUGGGGACACGGAGAAGGACAGGUCCACAGGGAAUCCGUGCGAGGACGAGGAUGCCCGGAGCUCUGACAUCGAGUUGCUGGGCUCUUUCAGAUCCACAUCAAGUCACAACUCAGUUUUGGUGGAGCUGCUCGCUAAAGACCUGCGCAGAGGCGAGCUCAUCAAAUACUACUCCAUGUGCGCAUUUGAUGGAGUGAAAUGGGAACAUUUCACCACCAAAGACUUCUGGUUGGCGGUGGUGGAGAGACCUCCGGAGGCAGAUGUUUGGCUCCAGGCGGGUGUUUCGGUGCUCUUGAUAGGACUGUCUGCCCUCUGCAGCGGGUUGAACAUCAGCAUGCUGGCUCUGGACCCCGUGGAGCUGAGGGUCCUGCAGAAUAGUGGCACAGAGAAGGAGCAGAAAUAUGCACGGAAGAUAGAGUCAGUGCGUAAACAUGGAAACUACAUCCUUUGCACCGUGGUGUUGGGAAACGUGCUUACAAAUACAUGCUUUGUGGUGUGGAUGUGCCAGAUUUUAGGAUUGACUGCUCUCUCAACAGCCUCAUGCACUUUGGGAAUAUUCUUCUUUGGAGAGAUUUUACCUCACUCCCUGGCGUCAAGGCACAGUCUCGCCAUCGCCUCAAAGACCCUCUGCGCGACCCGCCUGCUGAUGCUGGUGUUUUUCCCCAUCGCAUAUCCAGUCUCCAAGAUCCUGGACAUCAUGCUGCACCAAGAGAUCAGCAACUUUUACACCAGGGAGAAGUUGGUGGCCAUGCUGCGCGUCACAGAUCCGUACCACGACCUGGUUAAAGAGGAGCUGAACAUCAUCCAGGGGGCCCUGGAGCUGAGGAACAAAACCGUAGAGGACGUGCUGACCCCACUCUCUGACUGCUACAUGCUGUCCUCGGACGCUGUCCUGGACUUCUGCACCAUGUCGGACGUGAUGCAGAGCGGCUUCACCCGGAUCCCGGUCUACGAGAACGAGAAGUCCAACAUAGUGGACAUCCUGUUUGUGAAAGACUUGGCCUUCGUGGAUCCUGACGAUUGCACUCCCCUAAAAACUAUCACUCAGUUUUACAAGCAUCCCAUGCACAGCGUGUUCAAUGACACCAAGUUGGAUGUGAUGCUAGAGGAAUUUAAGAGAGGGAAGUCCCACCUGUCCGUGGUGCAGAGGGUGAACAGCGAAGGUGAAGGAGACCCCUUCUAUGAAGUGAUGGGCAUCGUCACCCUGGAGGACGUCAUAGAGGAAAUCAUCAAGUCUGAGAUUGUGGAUGAGACAGACCUGUUUACUGCUAAUCGGACCAAAAGGCGAGUGUCCCACCAGGAGAGGAAACCACAGGAUUUCUCCAUUUUCAAACUGGCAGAAAAUGAGCUGAAGGUGAAGAUCUCACCCCAGCUGGCUGCUCGCACACACCGCUUCUUGGCAACGGUGGAGCCUUUUAGGCCGUGUCUCCUGUCAGACAAGAUCUUGCUGCGUCUCAUCAAACAUCCCAGCGUUGUGCAGGAACUCAAGUUCAACCCCAAGAACAAACACGCUCCUCAACACUACCUCUUCACGAGAAACAAACCUGUGGACUACUUUGUCCUCGUUCUGCAGGGACGGGUGGAGGUAGAAAUCGGAAAGGAGGCUCUUCACUUUGAAAAUGGAGCUUUUCACAUUAUGGGCAUGCCAGCAGUCAUCAUGCCCCUGCCUAUUGGUCGGAGAUAUAGUUCCCGGGGCAGUGGUCUGAACCAAUCAGAAUCACUGCUGAGUGGAGGCAGUGCGGGUCAGCUCACUACAGGAGGGGGGGUCUACUUGCCAGACUACUCAGUCCGACAGCUAACAGACCUGCAGAUCAUCAAGAUCACCAGGAACCACUACCAGAACGCCCUCACAGCCACCAGGAUGGACAGCUCCCCUCAGACUCCAGACCCCCUUGAUCCUGAUGCUAAAGGGAGGCCUGCGGUCCCAGAGGUCCGCUCACACAGCAUCGCCCUCCCCCUCACACACACACACACUCGGCUGGGGCUGGCCCGCCUUGCACAUCUCCAUCCCCACGGUGGCCUUCGCAACACCUCCCAGCUCAAUGCGAGGAACCGAAUUGUUCGCAGCAAAUCUGACGGGCAGAGGAGUCCAAAUGAUACCGUGUUCCUCCGCUUGGACGAGAUUCCCUACAUCCACGAGGAUCGGCCGGAAACGUAUGGAGAGAAUGACGUGCCUACAGAGUCCCCGCCCUCUGCCUCUCCCUUCAUCAGCUCUCUGUCUCUGUCCAGCUCGGAGGAGAACAUUGGGAAGAAGCUAUUGCAUAAAUUGAGUGAGUAA